GGUCAUUUGGAAAAGUCAAGAUGAAAAGACAGGGAGUGGCUGUUUCAAAGAAGCUGAAAUUUAACCCACGAACAAGAACAGGAAUGACAGUUUGUGCUGACCAUGGCUGGCAAAAAAGGGGAUUUGAUAGUCUAACAGGUAUUUAAAGAACACGGAUUAUCCCCUGGUCAUCAUACACUGAAAUAUUCGGAGAAGAUGGACAUGGAAAGACAGAAGAGACAGGAAAGAUCAAAGUUGCCUGGAAAGAAGCGCCGUCGAUUGGAAUUGAAGCAGGAGAGAAUUACCCAAAAAGGAGCCAAUGAAGCAGCUGAAGGAGAUACAUAUCAAUCAGAAGUUGGACUUUCUGACCAAGUCGACAUCCAGACUAUUCCUGAUGCAGUUCCCAAACCAGGAUUCACCAAAGUCGACCACCUGAACGAAGUUCAAGAGAAUAGGGUCAUUAUCGACCUAGAAACUACAGGAUUGAUUCAGCGUGGACUAAUGCCUCAUAUCACACAGAUUGCUGCACAAGUUAUGGAUUCUGAUGCCGAGUUUUCAUAUUAUGUUUCACCUAAAGUACCCAUCAAUGAAAAUGCUGAGCAGAUAACUGGGAUAUCCUGGGAUGGUGAACACAUGACUGUGCACGGAAAGCAAGUGGCAACUGUAUCGAUAACAGAAGCACUUUCAAAAUUUUUAAUUUUUUUGAAGAACAUUAGCAAUGUUGUUUUGAUUGCACACAAUGGAAGAGUUUUUGACUUCCGUGUUCUAUCCUAUGCUAUAUGUAGAGUAGGAAUGAUGAAUGAAUUUUCAAAUCAUGUUUUAGCAUUUGUGGAUUCUUUGUCAUCAUUGCGUUCAAAAGUUCCAAAACUUGGUUCUUAUAAGCAAGAAUUUCUAGCAGAAUAUUUCUGUCAAGAAUCUUACAAUGCUCAUGAUGCAGUUGAUGAUGUCAAAAUGCUAGCUAAGAUUUUGUGUGCAAGUGGCAUGACAAAAGCAAAUUAUGUAAAACAUUCUUAUGCAUCAAAUUGUCAUUUUUUACAAGAAGAGUUCAAUCUUGCCAAGGCCAAAAAUAUUGGCACCCUACAUUGUCUUGUUGCCAGUGGUGUUCUCAAAUUAGCUACUGCAGAAAAUAUAGCAGGUUCUGGCCUAAAUCUACAACAUUUGAAACUUGUUUGGCAGAGAGAUGGUGAAGAUGGUCUGAGAAAUAUUUUUACUGCAAAAAAUUGUAUCGAGAAACCACGUGUUACCAAAGAUAAAAAGUUGUUGGGAAAUAUUAUUCCAAAGCUUUGUUCAUUUUUUGAACAGUAAAUUUGUCAUGUUUUAUAAGCAUGUUUUGUGUUUGACACAUGUAAAGUUGAUACAUUAGCUAUUUGGUCUUUAGAUGUGAAAAGUAAACUUUAUAUGAUAAUGAGCAUUUCCUGAUGAUUCAAGGUCAGGUCGAUGUUAGUGACAUUUAUCAUUGUUUUAUUAAGAGUUCCUAUGCUUUCAUUGUUUGAAUGAUACAUUUUUCAUAUGUCUGUUAAUUUUUUUUUCCAAAUUGGAAUGUUGCAUCAAAAUGUUUCAAUGUUAAGAUUUUUGUAUGGGG